GGAAGGGCAAGUCGUCAGGAAGCAAGCUGCUCCUAUUGCUCGGCCCAUUCGCUUCAACCAGACUUGUUGCCUCUUCUAGUCAACGUUCUCCCUGCUUUCUUGGACAGCAGCUAAUCAGACAUCGUGCCCAAAUAUCAACACUCUGGCAAGAGAAUAACAACGCUCGAUCAAGAUGGUGGUACCAGCGGAUACUGACUUCUCACGUGCGCUUAUCAAGCCUCUGGAGCUCAUCCAGUCCCUACUCGACCAAAUUGCCUCAAACGGAGGCCCUGCCAAUCUCGACACCCUGCCGGCCACAGCUGCCAAGAAAUUUGAAGAGAUUUUUACGGGCAGCAGAGAGAGCUUCGCAAAAAUCCCAACACUUGCUGCGGUGCUCUCCAGAGAUGGCGCAGCGGGCUCUUCGCCAGCUCAGCAACCAAAACUGGUGCGAUGGAGAUGCAUGAUUCAGGACACCGGACUUGGCACCGAGAUGUUUCUGAAAACGCUACCAAGUACAACAGCAAGCAGCCCAGCUGACAGCAAGCUGUCUGGCUACUUUGGCGCGGGUGACUUCUCCGCCUCAGCAACCGACUCGUCUGCUAGUGGCGGAACGCCAGCGCCUGCACUCUUGCCAGACGAGUACUCCAAUCUUGCCGAGCGCACGUCCAUGUACGCCGUCAGCGUUCCUGGCGAGACCGAUUGGCACGCAGAAGCUUGGAAUGACGCUCCCUCCGGCACGAUGUUGGAAACAAGCACAAGCAUGAAGAUGAAGCAGCCUUUGGCAGGCGAAAACGGAACGAUAGGCGCAUUGCUUAAGAUCUACGACGCUUCAAUUUCCGAAACAAUGGGCGUCACGGACGUGGUAGAAGUAGUGGGCGUUCUCAGCAGUUCACCUUUCCCCACGUCUGAGUGGCAAUCCUCGGGUGCAGCGUCCUCUGCUUCUGUUUCAAACACCGAGUCGCUCCUGCCAUGCCUACAUGUCAUCUAUUCGCAUUCAAUCACCUUUGACACGCUGCCUCCUUCCUUGCGAGUGGACGUGUCGGCCACACCGGAGCUCAUUUUGGCAGAACAGCAGGAAAAGGAACGCGAGGCUUUGGUGGCAUAUCUGCAAGCUGCGUGCCAAGGAGAUGAGCUCGUUGCCGAGUUUCUCUUGCUGGCGUUGACCGCGAGAGUUCGCUCCACCCGUGCAGGAGUGGCAGUCGGCUCGCUAUCGCUCAACAUUUGCGACGCUUCAGCUGCGCCUGAGUUGAUGAACUCGCUCGCCUCAGUUCUUGGGCUACUAUGCCCAUCUGUCGUCUCGCAAUCGCUCGCACUAUGUGAGCUGAAUGACACCAGCAAGCAGCUAUUUCCUUCGUCUGAUGGAGAGAAUCUCAAGGCGGGAAGACUGCAGCUGCCAAAGGGGUCCGUGCUGCUGAUUGAUGAGAGCAAGAUGGGCGAAGGAGAACUCAAGGACACAGGUGUGCGGAAUGUGCGUGCACUCAACUCAGUCAUCGCGAAUCGCAAACUGCCCUACGCCUUUCCCUAUUCCGAAUUCGAAUUCGACAGUGACCUCAACGUAAUUGUCGUCUCGCAGGGAAAGUCCUUCCUCUCUCUCGACGUCUAUGUGCCCAUCCAAGCGACAGCCCACAUCGAUGUCCAAGUAGCUGAGCCAAGCGCUGCUUCGCUACACGCAUGGCGCCGUCUCAUCCUUGAGAGCAGGCGAUCGGAAUUGACCGUGUCGCAAGAGAUGGCAGAUUUGAUCCAGAAGGAGUUCGUAGCCGCGCGCAAGGGCGCCAUGGGCGCUAAGGCUCUAGGGCAAGAGGAUCUGCUGCGGCGAAUGGCGAUCGCGAGGCUUUAUGCGCUUUCGCACGGCAAGGCAGACUUGAAUAUGGGCAUGUGGCGAAAGGUCGUCGGCUUGGAUGAGGAGUGCUCUAGGCGCUUAAUGGCGCUGCCAAGCAGAAAAUCGACUUGACGGGGUCUUGUAUGUUACAAUGACUUGCACAACGU